ACAACUCGCGGACUUCAAGAUGCUCGGGUCGGCGCAGGGACAUCGCGAUAGCCAUUGUCAGCAAAUGGCGUUGCCAUGAAUUCUAUAUUUGCAACUCAUCUCACUCGCGCACAUGUCCCUCACUAGUUGUUAUCGCCGGUCUGAUCGCGCUUUUGUCAUACGAUUUGGGGGUCGAGCUCACUUGGAAAUUCCUUGGGGUAAUAUGAAGAGCGGGGAAUAGACAAGGGCAGUGCUCUUUCGAGCAUCGAACGGGAUACUCCUUGUCAACACGCAGUCUGCCAGUCUCACGCCGUCGCAACGCGUGCCCCUGAUUCGACCUCCAACCAGUUGCUCCAGCAUUGUGUCGUCUUAAUUUCUGGAUUCCCUUGAACGCUUGGCAGAUCCGACCUUCGUCAUCACGAUAUGAUUAACACGCUUCCUCUCUUCGACGAGAGGGAGUGCAAACAUAGCGUGUCCAUCUAGUGAUGGCACUGACGGCACUUCAUGACUGGACAUUUCGAUGCUGGCCGACCUAUAGGACACACGCAACAAUUUCAGUCAUCUCGCAAAGGAACGGUGUGUAGUUCCCGCGACCCAAUUUUGUAUUAUGGUAAGCAGGGAUUUCCAUUGCUAUGCAACCCUGUUCCAGAAAUGAGAAGUCAACGUCUACGGUCUCCUAGUUGUGUCAUUCAUGUUAUCCCUGGGUUCUCAUGUCUUUCUGUUUUUCGGAACCGCUCCACCACCUGUCUCCGGCUUCUGUCACGAAUGCAAUCUUUCCGCACUUCCUUUUUUCAAUGCCUUUUCCAUUUUGUCUCGCUCGUCUCGUACUUUCUUCCUCUCGCUGUUACAACAGCUGCAUACCGCAUAGACUCGUACUGCUCCACCUCGCCGUCGUUGGCUUGGCAUCACGGGUCUGUGCGCGUUUUGAUAGGACUCUCGAAAGCCUCCUCUCGCUGGCUCGUGAAAGGCCCUCCAGACCCCGGCGGAACCGGCCCUCCCAUAGAUAUCUCUCCGCGCCACUGCAACGCCAGUUUCUCCGCCUGUCACUUCAAGUUCCCAUCGGCGCAAUCCCACAUAGUUGGACCCCCCAUCGUAACACUGGUUCCCUCCUCAGAAGGCACAAAUGCGGCCACCCUUGGCACCAUGACCGAAUCUUCUAUUUACUUGGACGAUGUCGCUGCCGAGCAUGCCCACUGGAGCCCCUGGUGGAUCUGGCUCCUCCUCGCUCUAUGGAUCUUUGGUACCCUGAGCUUCGUGCACCGGAGCCUGCAACCCCGCUACCACUGGAGUGUCGUUGUUGGCCGCUGGGUCUGGAAAGUGGGCGACUUCUUCUUGCACAAUGCUAUCGUAGCUGCGAGCACGGAGGAGGGACAGGUGGGAGAGGGAGAGGGUGUUGGUCUAAAGAGAGAGAUUCGGACAUUUCAGCAGUGCGAUGUGGCCUCCUCUGUUACUAGAGGUGAAUCGCCGGCGAGAAAGCAUCAUCGGAGACGGAGCACGAAAGAGGGCGGGAAGAUGGGCACGAGCGUCACGGAGCUGGAGAUUGAAUUGGAGGAUAUCGAGGUUCCGGGGAUGGGUUCGUUGGAUUGGAAUUACAGAGGGAAGCCGAGACGGGUUUUGGAGACUGGGUGGAGGAGGUUGGGAUAGGCCGACUGAUUCGGAUUUGAUCAGGGUUUCGGAGUUUAGGAUGGAUGGCGUUGCGCAUACUGGGUAAGGGUGUGAGCCAUGGUAUCCGCUGGAUGGCAUAUGGGAAAUGGAGUCUGGAUGGCCUAUGUCUUUGUUUCGAUUCCUGAAAGGAUUUGGAAUCGAUAUAUUACAAGGUUGAAACUCCAGCACACCGGCGCUAUGGGCAACACUGACCAGGCUGGCGUCUGGUGAUGCGCAAGAUGCAUAUCAGGACUUGAAGUCGACUUCUAUAGUUCUCAACCAAAUAUAGAAUGAUUUAUCUCUUAAUAAAA